AUGGCGGAAAAAGAGGUCUAUGAUCUAAUCGGGACCUUGGAAAUAGUUAAUGAGGAACUCUCUAACCCCGAAGAGGAAGAGGAAGACAUUCAGCUCGCCCCAGCAGCGUUGGACGACACACCUCCCAAGGUCAGGGACCCUACUGAAAAUGUCAAUCUUGGAACAAAAGACGAGCCCAUGGAAGUGGCUAUCAGUGCAUACUUAGAGCCUAGCGAGAAGGAGAGGCUCAUCGACUUAUUACGGGAAUUCAAGGACUGCUUCGCAGAAAAAUACGAAGACAUUCCAAGCCUGUCAACGGACUUGGUAUGCCAUCAGCUGCCAACACACCCUGACAAGAGGCCUGUGAAGCAAGAACUGAGAAGAAUGAAUUCGGAGACUCAGGUUCUAGUUAAAGAAGAAGUCAAGAAGAUGCAUAAAUCAGGCAUCAUUAGGGUGGCAAAGUAUAAUAAGUGGCUAUUCAACAUAGUGCCCGUUCGCAAGAAGAAUGGCAAGAUCCGAGUCUGUGUGGAUUACAGAGACCUUAAUGUGGCUACACCUAAAGAUGUUUAUCCCAUGUCGGUCGCGGAUAUGUUGGUAGACGCAAUAGCAGGGCAUGAAUUGUUAUCCUUUAUGGAUGGAACUGCAGGGUACCACCAGAUUCUAGUCGCGGAAGAAGACAGACAUAAGACUGCGUUUCGCUGCCCAGGCUUCGCCAGAUUUUUCGAGUACGUGUCUAAAAAGCGAGGGGAACAUAUCAUAGAUCUCAGAAAGGUUUUCGAGCGCUUGCAGCUACACAAGCUCAAGAUGAAUCCCGCCAAAUGCGUUUUCGGAGUUCAGGCAGGUGACUUUUUGGGGUUUAUAAUCCAUCAGAGAGGAAUCGAGGUUCCAGAAGAUAAGGCAAACGCGGUCAUCAACGCCUCUCCCCCACGAAUGAAGAAGGAGCUACAGCGACUGUUGGCAGCAGAGGCUUCCAUUGGCAGCCUCCUCGCUCAGGACGAUGAAGCUGGCGUCGAACAUGAUAUCUUUUACCUUAGUAGGACCCUCACAGACUGCGAAACAAGGUACACUCUCAUGGAAAGGUUGUGUCUCACUCUAUACUUCUCUGCUUGCAAGAAAGCAGUGAAAGGACAAGCCAUCGCAGACUUUCUGGCGCAUCACCCUAUGCUAGACAUUCCUACGGUAAGAGACUUGGAAGUUACGAGUGCCAUUGUAGCUCGCCCGGAUCUGGCAUGCUUACCUGAGUAUGCCAUGUUAUAUCAAGCCACGUUAGAGUUCCAAUGCACCAACAACCAGGCAAAAUAUGAGGCCCUUAUUAUUGGCCUAGAAGUGUUACUCGAACUAGGAGUCAGAGACAUCCAGGUACGCGGUGAUUCUUUACUCGUGAUCAAUCAGCUUCGCGCAAAGUACAGAUGUGGAUUUGGAGUAUAUUCCUCGAAAGGCAACUUCACAGCCAACGAACUCGCUCAGUUGGCUACCGCCAUUACUCUGAAGUAUGGGGUUCGCGAGCGAAUUCUCAAGGUUGAGCGACGCACGCUGCCUUCGUGGCUUGCACGACCUGACCCACCAGACGAGCCCACAGUGGCGGCUCUCGAUCCUAUUGAUGUGGACUGGCGUAUCCCGUUAAUCGCUUACUUCACGCAGUCAAAUCCCACUGCAGACAGGAAAACCCAUUUUCUGGCACUAAAUUACUUCCUCAGAGGUGACGAGCUGCGUCGACGUGGCGAGGAUGACAUCGAUUUCAGGUGUGUCUAUGGCCGCGAAGUGAAACGAUUAAUGCGAGAGGUGCAUGAAGGCGUGUGUGGAGCUCAUCAGGCGGGUCCGAAGAUGCGAUGGCUCAUCAGGAGACAUGGGUACUAUUGGCCCAGUAUUUUGAAGGAUUGUAUCGCAUUCGCAAAAGACUGCCCGGAUUUCCAAGCUCAUGGACCAGUCUAG